AUGCCGGUCAGCGUGAAUUCCAAUCCGCUCAAAUUGUCUAUGCUGGUCUUCCGCAAAGGAAUGAAACCAUUUUAUGGCAUGGAUGACAAUGAUAUUACCAAAUUGUUGAACAAGGUUGGACACAACAGCUUGAAUGUUGUCACCGCUCUUACAAUCAUCAUUGUUGGAAUCAAUCUUCUCGUCUCCCACAUUCACCCACUCGAUUAUGUCAAAACCAUCGCCUGUGUGCCGGAUUUGCUUUUGGCGUUGAGCAUUUGGCUCGAGCUCGCCGCCGUCCGAAUGCGCUCUCGUGUGCCCGUUAUCAUUUCUGCCAUCAUCCAAGUUCCAACAUUCGCAUUUUACGUUUAUCUCGCAGGCCUUCAAUUCUAUCGUCUUUUUUAUUUAAUUGAUUUGGUUUCCUAUACGCCAGACCCAAUCGCCGAAAUCACGCCGAUUUCCGGCUACAUUUGUUUCCAAUUGCUCGUUAUUUUGUACGCGAUUCGUCUCAUUUUUCUCACUGUUCUCUACAAGGUGAUCAACGUGCGUGAUCAUCAAUUCUCCGCCCACACCACCGUGUUUCUCAAGCCCACCAACACCCCGGUGACCUUCUCAUCGGUGUUCGCCGCAGAGCCGAUUGACUUAGCUAACCCAUAUCACACGCACACCGUCUAUAACACCACAACCAAGUCGGCCAAUUAA